AUGAACUUUAUGUUAUUUAUUAUAGAGUCAUGUUGCCAAGAGUUCUUGGUGGUCACUCACGACGGGGUCAGCCUCCAUGGACCCGCUGGAGGACACAAACAACUCGCCUUGCUCAAGGACAUGGUCAAGGACCUUGACUAUCACUACACUAGGGAAGAACUGUAUUUACUUACCUAUAGACAAAUACUGAGAACGUCUCUGACAGGACCGUCCACUCUGAACCUCACUCCCUUGGUGGACCCUCAGGAUGAGUACCUCCUAACAACCCUAGCAGUAGACUGGGUACAUCAGACCCUGUAUUGGCUGUCAGGGGCGGUGCUGAUUCUCCACUGCGGUCAGUUGGAUGGUUCCAGUCCCAGAAUCCUCUACAGAGGGUUGUAUAUAGAGCAGAACCUCAACAAGCUUCUAGUGGACCCUUACGUGGGGAAGUUAUUCUGGAUGACUAACAACGAGAUACACACGAGUGACCUGGAGGGAAAGGGGGUCCGAAAGGACGUGUUUUCCAGCCUAGGAAGUGUCAGGAAUAUCGCUAUGGACCCGUCUGUUCAGAGGUUGUAUCUCCUCGUAGCUGGCGGUGCUCAGGAGUCAUGGAGGCUGGUCUCCUGUAGAUAUGACGGCUAUAACUUACACACCUUCACUGACACUCCCAGUGUGAUCUACGGCCUGGGAGGUUUUCAGGACCGAGUAUUCUGGAUACCUCAUGAGGAGAAAAGCUCAGUGUGGCUAGGGAACGAUGAUUAUCAAUACACCUUCUCAAUCUAUACAAUAAACUCUACAAACCACAGUAACUAUUCAAAACCCUCUCUGAUGCUCUCUUUCUCUGAGCAUGUCUGGAAUCUACGAGUCUAUCAUGAAGAUCUCCAGACACCAAAGAGACAACAAUUAAAGUGAUUUUGGAAAGGCUUUAAGUAAAACGUAACACCCUUGCUUGGAAUACACUAUUGCCAAAUAAACAUGUACUGCAAUAGAACAAUUAAAAAUGAAUAAAAAUAGUUAUUGUAUGACAUGUAAAACAAUUGCUGCUACAUAUUGAUGUUGUAAU